AUGAAGAAGGAGACGAACGAUAGUAAUGAUUGCCGAGUUAGAUGUUCCAGUUUGCUGGAAGGGAAUAGGCACAGGCCUAUUUCUGCACCGCCCGUGGACAAGCUUUUUAUUGAGGAUGAGGUUGAGCUUGGAGAUAUCCAGAUCGAUCUAAGCUAUUCGAUGUUUUACAGGAGGAACUGUAAGAACGAGCCAAGGCUGCAGCCACCGCAUUUCUUUAUGCGAGGGCAAAGUGGGCAUUGGACCAGCCAAUAUGAUGAUUUGAUUGCUAAGGCGUUUUCAAACACGGGGUUUCUUGACGUAAAGAUGGAUGGAGGGCUGCAGCCUGAAUGCAAAAGCAGCAGGUCGCUUGCGGAAAGGAUAGAUGAGGACUAUCCCGAGUCUGAGAAGAGUAUUGAAUACAAAGGAUCGUCGAGGGCAACAACGCCUAUUGGAGAUGCAAAUGUGCUUGACACAGAGACAUUCAAUGCGAUGCUGAACAUACGCAACAAGGAUGUGGCAGAUGCUAGCUCUGGAGGAUACAGGAGCGCUGAUGUGUAUAUUAAGGAUGCAGAGGGCACAAUGAGUGAGAAUGAAUUUUUGAGGGAGUUGCUGGAGAUAUAUGAGGGGCAGGAAGGAGGGAACAAAUGCGGAGACUUUUCGGUGAAGGAGAUAUGUGUGAGUGUUAGCAAAGAUCAGGAGGGCAGCAGAUGCAUCCAGAAGAAGAUGGAGGAUGUGUCGAAGGAGGAUGUGUCAUGGUUUUUUGGCAAUAUAGUUGAUGCAUCGCCGGAGCUGUCUGCAAAUCUAUUUGGGAAUUAUGUGAUACAGAAGAUUAUACCACUGCUCAGCAAUGAAGAAAGGGACAUGCUUAUAAUGAAGCUUGCGGGGCAGGUGCAUUUGCUUUCUGUGCAUCCUUAUGGAUGUAGGGUGGUGCAAAGGCUGGUUGAUGUGUCAUCGAAUGUGGACUUUAUUCUUGAGGAGGUGAAUGGAGGGCUGCUUGAGUUGAUUGAGGAUCAGAAUGGGAAUCAUGUUGUACAGAAGUGUAUUGAGAAGUGUAGCGACAGAAGAAGCAUAUUGAGGCAGUUUGAGAAGAACUCGCUUUUUCUUGCAACGCACAAGUAUGGCUGCAGGGUGAUACAGAGGAUGCUUGAGUUCUGCAAGGAUGAAGAGGUGAAAGAGGUGGUGGAGAUUCUGAUGAGGAGUAUCGAUAUACUUGUUGAUGAUCAGUAUGGAAACUACGUGAUACAGCACAUUCUGACUGUUGGAAGGGAGGAAGAGAGGAGUGUAGUUAUUGAUAAGAUUGUUGAGAGGAGCUAUGAGCUAAGCAAGUGUAAGUUCUCAAGCAAUGUUGUGGAGCAGUGUGUGCGUGCAUCGAGCAGCAGCCAGCGGAGGAAGUUUUUGAAGAAGUUUCUUGAGCCUCUGGGAGCAAAGCCAAAGAUAUACCUGAUGAGCGUGGACAUGUAUGGAAAUUAUGUUGUGCAGAGGCUGUACGAUUCGUCUGGAGACGAUGUGAAGAAUGAGAUCAAGAACAGCCUUCGGCCAUUUAUCAAGGACUUGAAGAAGUCGCCCUUUGCAAGGCAUAUUCUGUUCAAAAUCAGCUCAUGA